AUGACAAAUCCUGAGUUUGAAGCGUUUGCGAAGGCGAUAUCGCGCGUACUAGGAUGGGCAUACUUUCUCAGCUGGAGCGCAUCUUUCUACCCACAACCCAUCGAGAACUACCGCCGUAAAUCCACCCUGGGCCUUGCGAUCGACUUCCCCACUCUCAAUGUCCUCGGCUUCACCUGCUAUACCAUCUCGACAGCCUCAUUUCUAUACUCGCCUACAAUCAAGGCGCAGUAUGCGCAGAGACACCCCGAGGCACCCGAGACAACGGUGCGGUUCAAUGAUUUCUUGUUCGCAGCGCAUGGCGCGGUCAUGUGUGUGAUUUGUUAUAGCCAGUUCUUUCCCAGCAUCUGGGGAUUUACAGUGGGAAAAAGACAGAGGGUCAGCCGUGUGAUACUGACCGUAUGGUGGGCAUGCGUUCUGAGCAUUAUCGCUGUGGUGCUGCUAGUGCGGUCACGUAGCUUGAAAGGUGGGAAUGAUGCUUUUGGCUGGGCUUGGAUAGAUGUAAUCUACACACUCGGCUACAUCAAACUCCUGACUGUCUUCCUGAAGUACAUACCCCAGGCUUGGGUCAACUAUAAGCGCAAAUCCACAAUCGGCUGGUCCAUCUACCCCAUGCUCCUCGAUUUCGCAGGCGGGUGGCUGUCACUCGCCCAGCUAGUCAUUGAUUCCGCGUUGGACAACGACUGGAGCGGUGUCACCGGGAACCCAGUCAAGUUUGGCCUAAGCAAUAUCACGAUUGUCUUUGAUAUCAUCUUCAUGCUGCAGCACUAUGUGCUCUACCGAUAUCCUCAGGAAAAGGAAAUUGACGAUGAAGAAGGCGGGCAUGAACACGAGCGACUUAUCGGCGAAUGA